GUUGAACCGAGCAAUGGUAAAGAUAUGGGAAAUCAACUGUCAUCGUGCAAAACGACAAAGACAAAGGAUGUGCUUGUACCUAAAUCAGAAAUUUCAAACGGCGGCAACGAUGAAAAAUCAAUUGAACAGAAAAAACAAACAAUUAGAUUAAUCAGACCAAGGAGACGAUUGAAUUGCUCUACUACCGAAUAUGUUGAGAGUCCAUUUCAUCCAAAAUCAAAACCGAUAAGAUUCGGCCAUUUGAUUCUCAGUGAUAUAGAUAGACGGAUCCAAAAAGGAUUGGAGAAUUUAAAGUUAGAUCGGGAACAUGAUGGUGAAGCAUUCAACAUUCCACAUUUCCUUCGAUAUUAUGCCAACAGUCUGCGUGGCAUGAAAAUAUAUUUAAAAUAUCAAUCAUCGAAUAUUUCGGAAAAUCAAUCAGAAAGAUUUCCAGAGUCGUCAUAUCUUAUCGAACAUGUCAAAUAUCUAAAGGUAUUUUUAAUUUGUCACCCGGCGAAAAGGGGAGACCCAUUCGUCAUGAUAAAGGAGAGCCAAGGAAAUCAUAUCAAGAAGAUGUUACGAAAGUCAAGACAGAGAGAAUUGUAUCCCAGGAUUCAAAUCGUCAGUGGGAAAUCAUACGCUAUGUUUAUGGGCAAAGAAUUUAUGCUAAUGUUGCAUCCUCCACCAAGAGAGGCAUGCCCUAGUGAUUUUGCAGAAGGUAAUGGAGAAAGACCUAUAGCGAUGGGACAUUAUACCAGAAUGUUGGAUACAAACCCACAAGUUAUCCUGGAGUGGGAGGCUUACGUAUACCACUGGUACAAUGAAGUCACCGGACCCCCUUUUUUGGUUGAAGAACUGAUGGAGUUAGGUUAUCCAGAGGUUGUAAUCUAAUCAAGAUGAUUCCUCGUUUAAAUUUGAUAUUUGAUAGUUUGUAUUUGUUCUCUAAAAAUUAUAUAUUAUAUUAUAUGAAGUAUUUUAAUAAUAAAAAAUAAAUGCAUUUGUUAAAUAAGUAUAGUUUCAAGUCUUUGUUGAAAAAGAUAGUUGUUUGUGUAUACGUGUUUGUCCAACAAUCAUUAAACACAAAUGAUGGAUUCGAUCUCAUGUUUACAA